AUUUCUGCCACGUGUACAUCAGGAUGAGCGCCAUUCUUCGUGGCUAUGGCGCUUGUGGCGCGUCCCACGGGGAACUUAGGUCAUCGCUCUCGCGGAAGAGCGACAGCGCGAGAACUAGAUUUCUCUACAGCUCUUUCAUCAGAGGAGGAAGGAUUCAGUCGGCGAAAUUCUCGACGCUAGGUCUAGCUUGUUCUUCCCAGAAAAGAUCGCUGUACGAGAUUCUAGGAAUUGGGUUGGAGGCGUCGGAUUUCGAGAUCAAGGAGGCCUACCGGAGGCUCGCCAAGGUCUAUCAUCCAGAUCUGGCACCGCCAGAGCUCUGGCCGCAGCACCAAGGCAAAUUUCUCGAGGUCCAGAGAGCCUACGAUGUUCUCAAGGAUCGAGCUGCCAGGGCCGAGUAUGAUUCUCAGAUGCAAAAGCCUGGGGGAUUGGAGGGGCUCGAUCGCGAGUGGAGGGGAUUUAACUGGGAGACCGAUCAGUGCUGGUAGAAAACAGGAUCUAGAGAUGCUAGAGUUGAGAGUACCUUGUCCGUGCUACAAAAAUCUUCUCCUCCCGGGGUCACGCAAGAAAAAGGAAAACUUCGCUA